AUGAGCACGGACAGCAGUAUUGUGAGGUUAUAUAGAUCUCCAGGAUGCACAACUGCAAAGAAAUUUGAAAUUCUUAGUAAACUACAACUAAAUACUUCAUAUUUGAUAGACGUGAAGACAGAAAUAUGCUUUCAUAUAGAAAUCACGAAGCCUUUAAUUCAAAAAGAAAAAGAAAUUUUGAAAUGGGUGCUACAAGAUCCACUUCAUCCUGAAAAUCUGUCCGAGAAGGCAACUCUACAACAAGCAAAGGAUAGUAUAUUAAUUGAAGUGGGGCCACGAUUUAAUUUUUCCACUUCAAAUUCUACCAAUGCUGUGUCCAUUUGCAAAAGUCUGGGUUUAACGCAAGUUGUAAGAUUAGAAGUAUCGAGAAGAUAUUUGCUAGUUUUUCAAGAUGUUAGCAAAGUUACUAAACAAAUAGAAGAUAAUCUAGUUUCUCUAUUACAUGAUCGUAUGACUGAAUGUAGAUACACGUCACAAAAUAUCCCCAAAAAAAGCUUUAAUGAAAAACUGGUGAAAAAAGAAGACUUGCGUGAUAUUGACGUUUUAGGCAGAGGUGUCGAUGCACUGAAAGAAAUCGAUGAGGAACUAGGAUUAGCUUUUGAUGAAGCCGAUUUAGUAUAUUAUACAAAUCUAUUUAAAACUGUCUUAAAGCGGAAUCCUACAAACGUAGAGUGCUUUGAUCUCGCACAGUCAAAUAGUGAACAUAGUAGGCAUUGGUUUUUCAAGGGAAAAAUGAUUGUUGAUGGAGUGGAAUAUGAAGAAUCCUUGAUCGAUAUAAUUGUAAAUACUCAGAAACACACAAACCCAAAUAAUGUUAUUAAAUUUAGUGAUAAUAGCAGUGCCAUUAAAGGUUAUAUUCAUCGCAGUCUACGUCCAAUCACGUCAGGCUCUGUUAGUGAACUUAAACAGGUACCCACUGAAUCUCAUCUGAUUUUUACAGCUGAGACCCAUAACUUCCCCACCGGUGUAGCUCCAUUUAGUGGGGCUACUACCGGGACCGGUGGACGCAUAAGGGAUGUACAGAGUGUUGGAAGGGGUGGAUAUUGUAUUGCAGGUACUGCGGGAUAUUCUGUAGGAAAUCUGCACAUUCCAGGAUACGAUUUACCGUGGGAAGAUAAAUCAUUUGAAUACCCGUUAAACUUUGCGCCCCCUUUAGAGAUUCUCGUAGAGGCUAGUAACGGAGCCUCUGAUUAUGGGAACAAAUUCGGCGAACCCCUUAUCUCUGGUUUUGUGAGAACUUUUGGACUGAUCGAUGCGAGCCAAGGAAGACGAGAAUGGAUAAAACCAAUCAUGUUUAGCGGAGGCAUCGGCAGUAUGGAAGCCGAGAUGACAGAAAAGCUUAAACCUCAAGUGGGCCAUCAAAUUAUUAAGAUCGGUGGUCCAGUGUACAGGAUUGGUGUUGGGGGAGGAUCUGCUAGUUCUGUAGAGGUUCAAGGUGAUAAUAAGGUGGAGCUGGACUUCAAUGCUGUGCAGAGAGGUGACGCUGAAAUGGAGCAAAAACUAAAUAGGGUUGUUAGAGCUUGCUUAGAAAUGGGCAAGAAGAACCCGAUUGUCAGCAUUCAUGAUCAAGGAGCAGGAGGUAAUGGCAACGUUUUAAAAGAACUGGUAGAACCUGCCGGGGGUAUAAUUUACACCAACAAAUUUGAAUUGGGUGAUCCGACCAUAAAUAUUCUUGAACUGUGGGGAGCGGAAUAUCAAGAGAAUAAUGCCUUGUUAUGUAGAAAGGAAGAUCUGGAAAUACUGUCGGCUAUUUGCAAAAGGGAGAGGUGUCCGAUUAAUGUUGUCGGUGAGGUGACUGGUACAGGGCGUGUUGUUCUAACGCUGGAUGAAACGGCCAAGGUUACUCCUUUUAACUUGGAACUGGAAUACGUCUUAGGGAAAAUGCCACGUAAGAUUUUCAAACUCGAAAGGAAGACGCAAUUGUACAAAGAACUCAAGUUUCCCAAAGCACUAUCUAUUUUCCAGAGUCUUGAAAGAGUUCUGAGGUUACCUUCGGUAGGGAGUAAGAGGUAUCUCACCAACAAGGUCGACAGGUGUGUUACUGGACUUGUUGCGCAGCAGCAGUGCGUAGGACCUCUGCAUACUCCUCUGGCCGACGUGGCUGUUACAGCCAUUUCACAUUUUGGCUAUGAAGGUAUUGCUUCCUCCAUUGGAGAACAACCAAUCAAGGGGUUGGUAAACACAGCAGCAGGUGCAAGAAUGACAGUGGCUGAAGCUUUAAGCAACUUGGUAUUCGCCGGUAUAUCGGACCUGAAGGAUGUGAAGUGCAGUGGAAACUGGAUGUGGGCUGCCAAGUUGCCAGGAGAAGGAGCGGCUCUAUUUGAUGCGUGCAAGGCAAUGUGUGAGCUGAUGUCUCAACUGGGGAUAGCAAUCGAUGGGGGCAAGGACUCUCUGAGUAUGGCAGCAAGAGUUGGAAAAGACACCGUUAAAGCUCCUGGCACCCUAGUAGUGUCUACUUAUGCGCCCUGCCCCGACGUCCGGAAAGUGGUCACGCCGGACUUCAAAGCGCCUUCAAUGGGCAAGACCGGGGUCCUUCUGUUUGUAGAUCUAUCCCAUGGGGACAAUAGGCUUGGCGGAUCCGCACUGGCCCAAGUCUACAACCAACUCGGACAUGAAACUCCAGACUUACACUGUGCGAAUGACCUGAAAAAUGCAUUUUUGGCUACUCAGGAGUUGGUCAAAGAUGGGUCUGUUCUAGCAGGGCACGAUGUGAGUGACGGAGGACUUGUCGUAUGUUUACUGGAGAUGUGUUUUGCUGGGAUAUCCGGAAUGGAUAUUAAUAUAAAACACAGGCAAGGAAAGUCACUCCCAAUUUUGUUUUCGGAAGAGGUCGGAUGGGUCUUGGAAGUUCUAGAUAGUGAUGUCGCACAUUGCUUUAAUGUGCUUAAGAAAUAUAACGUUCCGGUAUUCAAGAUUGGCCGAAGCAUGGGUUACGGUAUAAAAUCAAAAAUAAGCAUAACAGUCAACAACGCCUGUCUGGAAAGUACCGUAUUGCCACUCAUGAGAAUGUGGGAGGAAACAAGCUACAAACUCGAAUUGCAGCAAACCAUAAAAGUAUGCGCCGAUUCUGAAUUUGCCAGUUUACCCAUCAGGACGGGUCCAAAAUACUUGUUGACUUUUGAUCCUGAUAGAGAAGAGAAACUGGCCAAACAAGAAAUUAUUCCCGUAGCUGUUAUCAGGGAAGAAGGGACGAACGGAGACCGGGAAAUGGCAGCUGCUUUGGUCAGAGUCGGGUUCAAAGUGUGGGAUGUUACCAUGCAGGACUUGCUUACAGGCGCCGCUAAUCUGGAUCGGUUCCGAGGCGUUAUCUUCCCAGGAGGAUUUAGUUAUGCAGAUGUUUUGGGUUCAGCUAAAGGCUGGGCGGCCAGCAUCCUAUUCAAUGACAAAAUCCGCGAACAGUUCACUAAAUUCCUUCUCCGACCCGACACGUUCAGUUUGGGCGUAUGCAACGGAUGCCAACUACUAGCUCUGAUCGGCUGGGUAGGAACUCCGGUAACUGGUAACACGAAGCCAGACAUAAUGCUGGAACACAACCUCUCGGAACGUUUCGAGUGCCGAUGGAGCACUGUAAAAAUAGAGAAAUCGAAAGCGAUAAUGCUGAAAGACAUGGAAGGAUCCUCCUUCGGAGUGUGGGUAGCCCACGGCGAGGGUAGAUUCACUUUCAAGAACGAUUCCAUUUACAAGCAGCUCGUGAAAGACAACUUGAUCGCCCUUCGGUACGUCGACGAUGACAGUAACCCCACAGAGGUCUAUCCGAUGAACCCCAACGGCAGCAUCGAGGGUUUGGCAGGAGUCUGUUCGCCGGACGGACGGCAUUUGGCUAUGAUGCCGCAUCCGGAGAGGUGCGUUCAGCCGUUCCAGUGGCCCUAUAUGCCUAGGGACUGGGUGCACUAUCAGAACAGCCCCUGGGAGAAGAUGUUCAGGAACGCCUACGAAUGGUGUAACAAAAUCAAGUUCCACGCGGUGUAUUAUUAAGAAUCCUGCGGCUUGGGCGGAUUGGGACUGACGCAAUAGCGUUAAGCAUUUCUUUGACUGACUGCAGAGACAACUGAGUUCCUUAUCUGGUAAGGUUAUUGUUGAAACUAUAUACAGAGUGUUCGGAAACUGUAAGUAAAAAAUACAGAAUACUUUUGAACGUAAUGGUAUUUGUUAUGAAAUUUUUUCAAAAAUUCAAUAUUAAUUUCUUAACAUUACUUUUUUUUUGUCGAUAUUUUGUAA